GUCCUAGUUUCUUUAAGACCUUCAAAAGCCCAAAUAAUCUUGUGCGCAGAACCAGGCAGUCGCAGAAUUUCCUCGCGGGCGUCGACUAUAAAUAGCCAACACUGUGCUGCAUCUUGACACCUGUCUUUUACAAUCACCUUCAGAAACGUAAACAACGACUGACAAGACGUGCAGAGACCUCGCAGCAAGUUUAAAGAUCGUCUGGCCAGCCUCCAGCGAGCAAAGGAGGAAUGUGUGCAAGACUCUGCAGGACAGAGUAGUGGUGCCUCGACGACCAGUAAACACGGGGUCCUCUUAAACACAGUCGAAGUGUGUCUCCCUGAAUGACUGACUGAGUAUCUGACAGCAUCGGGGAAUCUGUGAAGGGCACACAUGGCCCACAGCUUGAAAGACCACCAGAGCCGCCUGCCUGUGGCCCAGGCCACUGUGCUGGCUCUACCCGACUCAAGCCCUACACAAGACUUGAGGCAAAGAUUGACAGCCGUGGACUCCCUGCUGUGCGGGGCAUUCGCUGGGGCUAUAGCCAAAACAGUCAUUGCACCCCUGGAUCGGACCAAGAUCAUUUUUCAAGUGUCGUCAACCAGAUUCUCUGCUAAGGAGGCCUUCAGACUCAUCUACUGCACCUACAUGAAGGAUGGGCUGCUCGGUCUGUGGAGGGGCAACUCUGCCACCAUGGUGAGGGUGAUGCCCUACGCUGCCAUCCAGUACUGCUCACAUGAACAGUACAAAAGACACCUGGGGGGCUACUACGGCUACCAGGGAAAAGCUCUUCCUCCCUUCCCUCGCCUGCUGGCUGGGUCUCUGGCCGGCAUCACUGCUACUAUGCUCACCUUCCCUCUGGACACGGUGCGAGCCAGGAUGGCAGUCACAGCCAAAGAAAUGUACAGCAACAUCAUGCAUGUGUUCAUGCGGAUCUCGCAGGAGGAAGGUUUUAAGACCCUUUAUAGAGGCUUCACUCCCACUAUCCUGGGUGUCAUCCCGUAUGCAGGCAUCACGUUCUUCACAUAUGAGACCCUCAAGAAGCUUCACACAGAAAGAACCAAGCGAUCCCAGCCGUACCCACAUGAGCGCCUGGCUUUUGGGGCCAGCGCUGGCCUGAUCGGACAGUCUGCCUCAUACCCUCUGGAUGUCGUGCGUCGGCGCAUGCAGACAGCUGGAGUCACAGGUUCGUCGUACGUCACAAUUAUGGGGACCAUGCGUGUGAUUAUAACACAGGAAGGAGUCGUACGGGGACUUUACAAAGGCCUGAGCAUGAACUGGGUGAAAGGGCCCAUCGCUGUUGGGGUCAGCUUCACCACAUUUGACAUGGCACAGGACCUUCUGUUUAAACUGCACAGGAUGAGUUACUCCACCCACUGAAUCAAACGGAAGUGACGGAGAGAUGAAGAACCGCUCGGUUGAGAGGGAUGUCAGAGACGGUGAACUCUGUUAUAUGAGUAGUAAGUUGUUGCACUCAGUCAGGGCUGGACUGUCACCUGCACGCUCCUGUUAGCCUAAAUCAAGAUGUCAGAUGACUGGAUGAUUGGACAGAAAGUCUGCUGUGCAAGAAAACAAAUCACAUGCUUUUGUAAAUGCACAUUCAGGAUUACUUUCACAGGAUGAGGAGACAGAAACGGGAGUCUUUAUAUUGUUGUCCACAUAUUCACAUCUUUGUUUGGAACCAUGGCCCCAUCAGGACGGCUCAAGUGAUCGAAAGAUGAACAAUGGAUGAAGACUGUUGAUAACGCUUGCACUUUAUAAGACCUUCAAUGUUCUUUCAUCUUAAUCUUUACUCUACAGAGAGAACUUGUUUUGUAACUUUUUUGUUGCUUUUUAAUUUUGAGAGAAUUUUUAUUUUUGUGAUAAUCAUAGCGCUUUUACUCUUUAUGAUCAUUUUAAACAGCCUUGUUUUUACAGGGAUACGGUUAGUACUGAAAGUUUUGAUUAUUGUGUUACGUCUCGUUUUAAAUUUCAGUUUCAUGAUGGUGCCAAUGUUGAUUUUAGCUGAAACCGAUGGAGCCAAUGAUUGUAGAAGAAGAAGGUGGUCAUGUCAGCAGUCGCACAGUUUCACUGAGGAUGCACACAAAUAUCUAAUAACUGGAGAAUAAUCAGUAAUGAAAGGAAUAAAUCUUUAUUAAUAUGUAACAAAUUUUCAUUUAUAUACAUAUCAUUAAGGUUUCAUUUUCUAACAGUGCUUACAUUGUUCUGCAAACUGAGUCAUGGCUUUGACUCCACUGUAUCACGUUGUUUACUUUCAAAAUCAGAAUAUACCAAAGCACUUAUAUCAGUCAUAAGUUUCAUGUGAAUAAUAAUUUCACGGCUAAUGUGUGUUUCAAAGUUAACGUUUUGUCCAAAGAUGUAAGUUUACAGUUGUAUCAAACACACAAUGCAAUAAAGUAUCCUUCAAACGCUC